AUGCUUUCAACACGAGCAUUCGCCCGCCUUUCCUCUCGUCCCUUCUCUCGCGCUAUGUCCACUCACGAAGCUGUCAUCGUUGCCGCCUCUCGCACCCCCGUCGGCUCCUUGAACGGCGCUCUCAAGAGUUUCUCCGCUCCCCAGCUUGGUGUCGUCGCACUUAAACACGCAUUCGAGCAAUCCAAGGUUGAUCCCGCCAUUGUUGAGGAAAUCUACUUCGGCAAUGUUGUUCAGGCCGGUGUCGGACAGUCUCCCGCUCGUCAGGUCGCCCUUGGUGCAGGUAUGAAGACUUCAUCGGAUGCCACCACCAUCAACAAGGUCUGCGCCAGUGGGAUGAAAACUAUCAUGCUUGCGGCACAGAGCAUCGAAUCUGGUUACAAGAGCGUCGUCGUCGCAGGAGGAAUGGAGAGCAUGAGUAAUGCUCCUUUCCUUUUGCCCCGGACGGCUCCCCUCUUCGGCAAGUUCGAGACCAAAGACUCCCUUGAGACCGAUGGUCUUUGGGAUGUUUAUAACAACUUCGCCAUGGGCAACUGUGGUGAAUUUGCUGCUGAGAAGUACGGCAUCUCUCGCGAGUCUAUGGAUGCGCAUGCUAUCGAGUCGUAUAAACGUGCCGACCGUGCCUGGAAGGAGGGUGCUUUCAACGCCGAGAUUGCCCCUGUGACUGUCAAAGGAAAGAAGGGCGAUACCGUCGUGAAAGAAGACGAGGAGUACAAGAAGGUCAUCUUCGACAAGGUUCCUAGUUUGAAAUCUGCGUUCAGGCAGGGUGGUAGCAUCACUGCUGCCAACUCAUCCAACAUCAACGAUGGUGCCUCUGCCCUCAUCCUUAUGUCGGCAGCUAAGGCUAAGGAGCUUGGCGUGAAGCCACUCGCCAAGGUUGUUUCUUAUGCCGAUGCUGGUGUUGAGCCUAUCGACUUCCCCGCAGCCCCCACCGUCGCUCUACCGAAGGCACUGGAGAGGGCUCACCUCACCGUCAACGAUAUCGCGCGAUUUGAAAUUAAUGAAGCGUUCUCCGUUGUCGUACGCAUUGCAGAACAAGUUCUGCAGAUCGACCCCGCCAAGGUUAACGUUAAUGGCGGUGCCGUUGCUUUGGGACAUGCCAUUGGCAACUCUGGGGCUCGUAUCAUCGUUUCCCUUGUCCACGGUUUGAAGACUGGCGAAUAUGGCGCUGCAGGUAUUUGCAAUGGGGGCGGUGCUGCCUCAGCUCUCGUCAUCCAAAAACUAUAA